AUGGUGCGAGACGGAAGUUGGCGCUGUGUACCGAUCCAAAAGGCCAUCGGUAGAAUGCUUAUGAGCAGGUUUACCGCAAUUUUGGGUGCAAGGGAAAUAAAGUCCUCAAGGGCUCUCUUACUUCCUGCCCCAAAUCCUACCAACCCUCACGUUACGUGUGAACAACUGCUGGACCAUAUGCGAGAAUCUAUGGUAUACAGCGAGGCUGAUCUCGGCCCCUUCCAAAAGCGACUGGAGGAGCUUCGACAGAUUGUAAAGGAUGACGCUGCGAACAACCCCGCUGCGAUGAUUCAACUUCUAGAACGCAAAUUGAAUCAAUGUG